GGGAAAUGCAACAGCUGCCAUGCCGGACCAUCAUCACGGGAUCGAUCUUGUCACUACCCUUCGCAGUGAAAUGGCAGCGCUGUCCUAUAAACGCGACCGCCUUGCAAAUGAUCUCGGUGAUGCCCGCACUGCUUUAGCCGCACGCGAAUCGGAAUGCGAGAAUUUACGAGCGCAGGCCGCACGCCAAUCAGCGCUCAUAAGUAGUUUACAAAAUCGACUGCAAACCGCUGAAAAUCGCGAGCAAUCCAUACAAACACGCUGCGACUCGACUAUCCACACAAUACAACGCGAGAAGCACUCUUCCGAUGAACGUAAUAAAGAGUUGCAGUGCAAAAUACAACACCUUGAGAAUCACCUGGCAGCUGAGGAGCAGCAGAAGGAACAAGCGCGUACGCAACUCAACGAUGUGUUGCGUCGCCUUGCCACAUGUCUGGGCGUUGAUCUCUGUGAAAAUGUACAUCUGACGCCCGAGUGUGUGCUGAAUCGCGCAGAAGAGGUGAUGACAGAGCUGCAACGUACCAAAGCCAAGGCGAGCUCCACUUGCGAUACGCUGAGCAGUUGUGAGAACGAAUUGAUGAACUUGAAAUCCCUAGCCAACAUAGAAAAACAGCGUUUGAGUGCACAACUGGAGGGCAUGACCAAUCACAAUCACGAAUUGGAAGGACGUUGUCGACAAUACGAGCGCGACCUACAGCUGCAACGCGAUCGACUGACGGAGUCGGAGAUAAGUGGUGAAAAGUUGAAGGAGGAGCUGCGUGGCUUCGAAUCGCGUUGUCAUCGCUUGCAAAACAAUUUGGAUCGCACGCAAAGUGAGCGCCUACAAUUUCUCCGCUGUCUAGCGAAUCAAUUGAAUGUACCCGAGCCAUGCGAAACGCUCAUCAAAGAGAAAGUGCGGGACAUGCUAGGUGAAAGUCAAGCAAUGCAUGUGCAAUUGCAUUCCUUGCGCGAUCAACUCAACUCGGAACAAUCCAAAUUGAAGGAAACUCAAGAGACUGCACAAUGCCGCUUGCGUACUGAGGAAACGCAGAAAUGUGAAUUGGAGGAACGCCUGGAGAAGUGUCAAGCGGAGAUACAUACACUGCGCAAUGAUCACUUGGGUCUUUCAGAGUUUCUGCAGCGGCUGGCGCGUGUUCUAAAUUGGGCCGAAUGCAGCUCACCACCGGCUCUCGGUACGGAUACCAACAUUUUGGCCGAGUCACUGCUAGAAAGAGCAGAACGCAUUGCUGCUCACUACGAUCAUCAUGGGCAUGAGCACGAUGUGGGACCGCGACAUCAUCAUCACUCGCGACACGAGCAUUCACCGGAGAAAGGCUGCUGUGACCAUCACGCGCAUGUUCAUGGCAAAUUGAGACGGGAGCGUUCGUGUCACGACAUACCGCUAAAGGAGAGCAGCAGCAUUUACACCUUGCAGCGGCGCGUUCGCAUACUGCGAGAACAAGUACAGCGCAGAGAUUUGCAUUUGGAACUGCUGCGACGUAAGCUGGCAAUCAUUGAAGAGGGCGCUCGGGGCAAAUGUGUACUACAGGGUGAACGCGAUGAAGCGUUAUGCCGUUCAAAGAAAGCUAACAAACAAAUUGACAAGCUCACCGCUCAGUUGGUAGACGCACGCACGCAAAUAGCCGAGGUCAAGGCACAGCUCGCAGAGGCUGUCGAAUUUAAGAUCACCGCUUUGGAACGCGCACGCAAAAUCGAUGAGCUGACAAGUCAAAUUUGCGAUCUCGAAGAGGAAAAGACACGUCUGCUAGCGCAAUUCAAUGCUGUUAAGGACCGCCUAAAAUCCACCAGCGAAUCCUCACAAAAUAGACGUUGCCGCGAUGAAGCUCUUAUAACUUCACUGCGCGAGGAUAUUGCUCGCCUACAAAAUCAACUCUCCGAUGCCAAUCAUCGCCUCUCCCACUUACAAUCAUUUCGUACUUCGGUCGCACGCACGCUCCAUCUUCGCGAUUUACCCGAAUCAGAUUUAUUGCAUCGUUUACAGGCGCUGUGUUCAGCUCAUCAAGAAUUUACGCUACUCUCCAAACGUUACGAAACCACUUCGCCGGUGGGUGAUCACCCCUGUCCACGUUUCGACGAUCCCAUACCACCAACUCCACAUUGUCGCCCACCCAAUGAUGUUGAACUUACCGACGCUACACUUUAUGAGGAACACACUAGGUCAUCGCAUGCACAUCACCACACCACAGCUGAGCACCGUCAGCAUCGGCAUCGGAGCAAGAGUCGCGGUGCUGUCGGUGGAGGUGCUGUUGUAGGCCGCUGUGCCGAUCGCUCGAAUGAACGCAUUCCCGGCUGCGCUGAUCUACGCAGCAUUGGCGCUGGUCCAGGUGUAAGCACUAAACGUAUGCACGAUAAGUGUUUCGACUCUGAUGUGCAUCGGCAUCAUUGUAACAGUGGAGAGUUUCUUGGCAGCGGCUACGAUGAUUUUGAUUUUAAAUGAAUUUAGGGCUGAAAAGCAAAUACUUUUAUACUCGUUACCGUCUCAGGCAGAAUUCAAUAAAGAGCAUUUAUCGAAGUCAUGUGUAUGUAUGUGAAUGUGCGGCAAACUUUUCCUU